CAUAAACUGAGAUCAGAUUGCUACAAACAAUUUUUAUCAUUGAUAAUAAAUGUGCCAACAAAAAAUAUAUUUCAUAUGAUCAUGAUAUACUUAAUAAUACAUUAUGGAUGUAGAAAAUAAAUUAAAUCUUAUUAGUAAUUUAUUCAAUAAUAUUAAUUAAUUUAAAAGUAAAAUAAAAUAAUUUAUAAUCAUGUUUAAUACUUUACGUAACAAGUUUCAAACAGUCCAAGAAGGGAUAUCAGCUAGUAUUAGAGGACUGACUGUUGAAAAUCCAAAACAAAAAAAGACUGGCAACAUCAGAAAUGUUAAUUACAAUGCAGGAGCUGAUAUUUUACAUAGAUUUCAGUUGCAAUGGAAUGAACUUCAUGAACUUGCAGAAGAAAAUGCAGGCAAAGCUCAAGAAGCUGAUAAACUCAUUGGAACUAUUUAUGAAAAACUUGAACAAGAAUGGAAGAACAUUACAUGUUUAAAUAAUACUUUAGCAUACAUUCCAAAAAUCAACAAUGCAAUACAAGAUCUUAUGGAUCAAAUAGGAACACUACAAGAAAUGUUUGAGGAGGUAGAAGGUGCAAUAUAUCGAUUGGAAGAUUUAAAUGAGAUGUUAGAUUUGCAAAAUAGACAAUUGGAUCACAGAUUUCAAUUGGCCUUAUAUAAAGAGAAAAAACUUGCAGAACUAAAUGUUAUUAAAGCAAAAUUGGCUGAUGAGCAUACUGAAAGGGUAUCAAAAUAUGAAUUUAAACAACAGAAAAUGAUGAAAGAAAGACGAGAAACAUUUGAUGAAGUUUUUAAAGAAGAACUUAGAGAAUACAAAGCAACAGGAUCUAUAUUAAAAUUACCAGUAUCACAACAAGGACCUUCAUUGGAUGAGAUAGUUUUGGAUGUAGAUUCAACAAUGUUUAAUGAAUUUCUAAAAAAUUAACAAUGAACCUUUAUUUUUAUUAUUUUAU